UGAUGCGAGAUCCCCCGAAGAUCGAAAGGGCACCUCAUAACCAGACGGUGGUCAGUGGCAGCGUAGCCAGCUUCACCUGCACAGUCUUGGGCAACCCUAAACCCGUAAUAGAAUGGCGGAAGAAUGGCCGAAGAGUGGUCACUACAAGAUACGCUGUCCAGGACAUGCCGAACGGCUCGGUGCUCCGCAUCGAGCCUGUCCGAAAAGAUCUCGAUGUUGCUACGUACGAAUGUGUGGCGGAGAAUGGAGUGGAGCGGCCAGUGUUUGCUAAAGCCAAACUUAAUGUCUUGUCAAAAGAUGAGAUACCUCUAGGCUUUCCGAGGUUUACAGUUGAACCCUCCUUGCAAGGAGUUGAGAGAGGUCGUGAUGCCUUAUUACCCUGUCAAGCCACGGGAACCCCUCAACCGGACAUCUUCUGGUUGAAAGAUUUUGUACCUGUGAAACUGGAUGACCCAAGAUUAAAACUGAUUCACGGAGGGUCCUUGCAGAUUAAGUACGCUGAAGAUGAAGACAAUGGCGACUACGAGUGUGUUGCUGAGAACUCUGUUGGUACAGCCAUCUCUAAAAGGGCUUCUCUUUACGUUAGAGCCCGAAGAGUACCACCGUAUUUUUCCAUUCCUCCUGAUAAAAAGUAUGAAAUAAAUCCAGGAGCAAGUUUGAACUUGACGUGUGUAGCUGUAGGUUCACCCAUGCCAUUUGUUAAAUGGAGAAAAGGAUCUGUUGAUCUCACCUCGGAGCAUAACAUUCCUAUUGGUAAAAACAGCCUGGAGUUAAAGAACAUCAGCAACUCAGCCAAUUAUACUUGUGUGGCCUCGUCCAAGUUUGGCAGCGUGGAAACAGUAUCUGAGGUCAUAGUACAAGCCCUUCCUCCCCCUCCUUCAGAUGUUCGAAUAUCGGAUGUCACUGCUACUUCUGUGAGGUUAUCCUGGUCCUAUAAUACUGGUACUGAAAAUGUUCGGUACUAUGUUGUCCAGUAUAAACCAAAAAAAACAAACCAAGAUUACAGUGAAAUUAGUGGCAUUAAUUCUAAGUUUUAUACCAUUCAGGACUUGUCUCCCUACACAGAAUACGAGUUCUUUGUUAUUGCAGCAAAUGACAUAGGUCGUAGCUCUCCUAGUACUCCUGCAAUAGCAACCACAGGAGAAACAG